GGAAGUAGGCGUGGAUAAUGAUUGGUCAGAGGUGACUAAUUUAAUUAAUAUGCACAACACAAAACGUCUGGUCUAGAACUGAAAUUCACUGAUCUGUGGACACUGGCUAGCUAUCGCAAUCAUGGGAAGUGUACUGUCCAAAGCAGCAGUGACAGACCUUGCUCUGCAAUGGGCACUCUUCUUGGUGGCAGCCUAUUUCAAGACAGAGAAGUUCUAUGACCUGGCUGGCUCUGCAACCUUCAUUCUGCUCAGUACACAGUCCCUCAUGCACACUGGCAAGUUCUACCCUAGACAGCUCAUCCAAACUGCACUUGUAUGUGUGUGGGCCAUUCGCCUGGGUCUGUUUCUAUUUAUGAGGGUGAUGAAGGAUGGCCAUGACAGCAGGUUCAACAGAGUUCGGAAUGAUCCCAAGCGGUUCUUCAUUUACUGGACUGUGCAAGCACUAUGGAUCUUUGUGACCCUACUCCCAACGUUAAUCCUGAACUCUAAAGACGAAGACAGGCAGCUCACCACCAGGGACUACUGCGGGUGGAGCGUGUGGCUGAUUGGCAUGCUACUAGAGUCAGUUGCUGACUUCCAGAAGUACACAUUCAGGAGUAACCCUGCCAACAAAGAUGUGUGGAUUAGUCAUGGGCUGUGGAAGUAUGUGCGUUUUCCUAACUAUCUUGGUGAAAUACUGCUCUGGUCUGGAAUGUUCCUCUCUGCUUCUUCAUCAUUCAAGAGCACUGACUACAUCAGUGUGAUCUCUCCGCUUUUUGUUGGCUAUCUUCUCACCAAGCUAUCGGGUAUACCCAUACUGGAGAAACAGAACUUGAGAAAGUGGAAGGACAAUCCACAGUACAUGCAGUACUUUAGAGCAACCCCCAGACUGUUACCUUACCUCUACUAACUUUGAGGUGUGACGAUUGCAUGCGUGCCUGUUUGUUUGUAGUAUACAGUAGACAUGCAUGUUACAUGUUUGAGAAAAAUGUGUAUAUAAUUAUGCACAUAUAUGUCACCAUUUUGUGAGUUGUUCGAAAAUACAA